AUGUCUUGGAUUGACCAGAAGGCUGAGCUUGACCAAGAUGAUAAAGCAUUACUGACAUUUUCAGUUACUGAGAAUCAGUUGUUCCGAAUUCGAAAGCAUGAAGAGGAUAAUGAUGACUGUCUUCGCAUUGGUGAAGGACAUUGCAUCCAGCUAUUGCAACCGAGAGAUGAGAUUGAAUGGGACAGAUGGAUCGGAUCUGAAGAUGUACCAAUUACAUCUCCAUACCUAGCAGAUGAAGAUGAUGGCUCAAAAAAGCAAAGCACAGAGGUUUCUAGUGUCUAUACGUGUAGAACAGCCGAAACCUGGGAAAACGAUAUGGCCUUAUCUGUGACAUUUUUCCCGGAUACGCUGACUACGAAUGCUAUCUGGUUUGGUUGCAACUUUGAGGAGCAAUCAAUUUAUAACCAUAUAUUGUCUGAUUCUGAAAUGAUUACGGGCAAGUUGCGCAAAUUCGAUGGCAAAGUCUUUCAUCCUAUGAUGUUACCUACCAUAUUUGCCGAAUUUGAGAGAGAAAGGCAGGUUAACCUCGUGCGCAAAAGCAAUUCUCAGUUUAUGCAAAGAAUGAUGGACAUUGAAUCGCGGAACGAUGCAUUCUAUGGAUUACGACAGACCGAUAGAGACAUCCGGCAAUCCAUGGAGAAGGGAUCUCCACCAGACUCGUCAUCACCAUCAGGAACAGGCUCGUUCUUCAAUGGCAUGAAAGGCAGAUUGAAGAGUUUUCUAUCGGGAAAAAACAUAUAUACAUCAUUGCGAUUGGAGACAUUGCGACCCGAGGACAAGAAAGAUGAUGAAACUUGCACCAUGCUCUGGAUUAAGAUAAGCUAUCUCAAGAAUGGCAUGGAAAGCUGGAAAACACAACUACGCAAGAUGAUAAAUCACGUACAGGAACUAGAAGCUGCAGACUUUGGUAUGAACCGCAACAUUCCCACCGAGGUUUGGGAUAAAAGGAGAGAUGAAUUGAAGGAAUGUGGUCACAGAAUCAGAGAAAGACUGCGCGACUUGGUUGACGAAUAUGACCAUUUCAUCAGAGAAUGCGAUCACGUUACGGCAGGAAUGUCUCUUGCAAGCCAAAUGGUUAUUGUCUCCCCAUACCACUACGGUGCCAAAGCUUACUUUCAACAGGAUCUAAACCAGAUUGGUCGAAAAGAUGCAAGAAUUAAUGAAAUCAUAUCACGAAGCAAUCUGGCAGUGGCAGAGAUGACUCAACGAGAUGGAAGUCUCAUGAAGUCCAUUGCCACUCUCGGCAUGAUCUAUCUUCCAGCAACAUUUGUUUGCGUAUGUCACCCGGAAGACUUUUUGGAUCUGGCGUUGCUGACAGUCAACAUACAGAGUUUCUUUUCCAUGGGAUUCUUUGAAUGGCGAGGCAAGAGUAAGAGUACAACGACAGUCUCACCAGACCUCUGGAUCUUUGGAGUUGCCGUAGCUGCCUUUUCUCUGUUGACGCUGGCAAUGUUUUUAUUCUGCACAUCGAGCAGACGAACCAAAUCGAAGGAUAAACUCCAUAUCGUUUAA